AUCGCCUUUCUGAAUAGCCUGUAACUGUCAACUGAAACUUGCACCUUGGAUGGACUGGCUGGCCAAUGACGACAUCGAUUACUAAUGACAUAAUGAAGAUUCGGUCACGUGAUAGCUUUCCCCGCAGAGUUCGGAGUCCCCGAAUUCUCCCCGCGUCCAAUUUCUGCACAGCUGCAUCUUCGUCAACUGCCGCGAUGCGAUGACAGACUGAUCAUGCAGGUGGACCAAGACUCCGACUCCGGGAGCCAGACCGGGCCCCCUGACCGACAAACCUCCCGGUCGGCCCGCAGCCAUCGCGCCAAGAGGAGUCGCAUAACGAGGCGGCGCAUCUGUCAUAGCUGCCAAACCUGCCGGCGGCGAAAGGUCAAAUGCGAUAAGGUGCAUCCGAUAUGCGGGAACUGUUCGAAAAUUGCUGCCGCGUGCACCUACGACGACGAACCACGCCCGAAUGACAUCCGAGCCAGUCCUGCCAAACCGCAAACACCCAUACCAGACGCGUUGGAGGAGGACGAGAGUCGGAAUAAGGACAAUCUUUUGCGCUCGGGACAGACGCCAGAUCUCUGCGCGAUUGAAACCCAGCUGGCCAAGCUUACAUCGCUUGUUGAGCAGUUGCAGGAGGAUCGCCGUGCGCUGAGACAGGACACGGUCAACUCCAAACCGGUGGCUGCUUCGACGACGAAUGGUGAUUCUGGACCCGAAAAGCUGUCUGGCGCUGCUGUUGAUGGUGGCAGCGACGAAUUUGCCAUCCCGACCGGCCUCGCCACCGACCCCGUUGACCCGCUGAGCGGUUCAAACGUAGGACACUUGAGCCACGCAGGUCGGGGAAGCUCGAGAUAUGUCGGCACAACCUACUGGGCCUAUGUCUCCCACGAAUUGGGAGAGCUCAACCAAUUGCUUACCAGCCAGGACCAGACUCGUGAUUCCGCGAGGGCUGGUGAUGCUUUGGCAGACCCUGCUAGGGGUGCGCAAGGCCAGAUCCUGCGCUCUGGAAUCCCCUCGGAAUUUCCUGGCGUCGGCCCACACGCGUUCUCUCUCCGAUCGGGCUCCUUUCCCUUGGUAGAUGGCCAGGUUCAGGCGGACACGCUUGGCAAUGUUCCAACAAAAAUGCAAAGUGACAUCCUUUACAAAGGGUUCAUGUCCGGCGUUCAUCCGCUGAGCCCGAUCAUCCAUCCCCCGACCGUCCUGAAACUUUACACUGACUUCUGGGCCUGGUAUGGUAGUGCUCCGUAUACCAGAGAGCCGUGGACAGAGCCAUCGUUUAUCCCUCUUCUAUAUGCCAUCUGGUUUGGAGGCUCAGUCUCGAUCUCGUCUAGCACCAUCAAAACUUCGUUUUCAUUUUCACGAUCAGAGCUCUCGGCAAGUUACGCUGAUGAGGUCACUUGCUGGCUGGCCAGGAUAUCCUUUCCUCGCAGUGCCUCACUUUAUGACCUGGCUGCUUAUCUUAUUACACAAACAAUUCUAUCGCGCGAGGAAGAGCCCUUGAGAAGUAGCUUGUUCAUUAGUCUUGCAGUAAGGGUAGCUCAGACCUUGGGACUGCAUCGAGAUCCUUCGCAGUUCAACAUUGAACCAUGCGAGCGGGAGUUUCGACGGCGAGUGUGGUGGCAUAUUGUCCACAUGGACUCUGUCAUUGCCAUGUCCAGUGGACUCCCGCCGCUGCUUAGUGAGGACACCUACUGGGAUGUCCGCGAGACCAGCGAGGUCAAGGAUACUUUGCUAAGUACUAUUCAAGCUGAGCAGUAUGAGCACCUGGUCUCCACCGGCCAGCGACCGCCCGAUAACCCGGAUGACCCAACUCUCUGCGGUGGGCCAUCGAUGGUGAAUGUGUACUACUUGUCUGCAAGAGGCAAAUGUAUCAUGGCGCAGUCCGUCCAUCGGAUACUGAAGAUUCAGCUCGGAACGAAGCCCGUCACCAGGGGCGAUAUGGAGGAACUCCGCGCUGCGCUUCAUGAUCUCCAAGAGAAACUCAAUUCCAUUGUCAACAGGAUUCCCACAAGCGACAAUUCUGCGACUUCAUCUGCGCCCGAGUCUGAGACGACAGCAUCGGCUCAUUCCUGCGCGGCGGCCCUUCCUGGUGACGACGGCCCAUCUGGCUGCCACGAACAAUAUCAUUCGGCAGUUCUUGUUGCCUUUCACAAAUGGACUCGGAUCCUUUUAUCGCUGUUCAUUGAUAAGGCCUUCUGCGUCGCCUACCAGCCGUUUCUCCGGAAUCCGCAGAGCCGAAUCUGGCCAUAUGCGCGACAGUCUGCGCUGCGACAUUGUUAUGCAUUCAUGGAGAAGUUCAUCCAACUAGCAGCAGACCCUGAUUUCAAGCCGUUCCGUUGGGGCUGGCCUGGAAAUCACCAGCCCAUGCAUGCAACGAUGAUCCUUCUCAUCGACCUCUACAAACGACCUUACAGCCCCGAAGCGCCCGUAUCGCGAUCGUUUAUUGAUCGAAUUCUAGCACUUGCUGGACCGGGCGAAGGCAUUGUGGGUGCGCGUGAUGACCUUCCCACUCUUCGUCCGUUGGGGGAUGCAGGCCGCGAGGCCUGGAACAUGAUCCAUCGCCUCCGCCACAGGGCCUGGCAGAAAGCUGGUCUUAAUCCCAACUUACCCUUGCCUUCCUUGUCUGGCCAAAAUCAAAGUCAGGGUGAAGUCCUCGAGGCAGCAGGUAACCUCAAACGACAGCGACGUUCUAGCGGUUCCUCUACUCGUGUAUCGCCGGCAAUGCCUUCUACUUCGGCCAUGGCAUCUACCGCUCGUAGUCCUGCAUUGCAUGUCCCGACCAGUGCAGCCGACUUUGAUUUUGUCUCAUCGUACCCUGACAUGAACUCAACCAACCCAACAAUACCAACGCCCGUUCCCGAGUCUUGCCCCAGUUCCGCAGGUGACCCAGCUGUCGCCUUUGACUGGGGUGAAUGGGACGCCAUUUUCGGCCAUUCCCUACCGGUUACAGACGAACUGAUGGGUCUUGAUCCUGCUACGGGACUAGCAUUCGCCAACCUGGAGAAUGACGACAUGUGAGCCGAAGACAUCAAUGGACACUGGUAUUCAUUUCAUUUUCUCAUCGUAGACUACUUACUUCCUGGCUGCAUUGUAGAUUAUUUGACUGUGAUAAUAUAUAGGUGGUACAGUUCAUAUCCUCUGGCGCAGAUCAACCAAUGGUCUGUAAAUUACUUGGGCCUCAAGGUGAGGAUCGAGGCGUUCCAAAGGAUUGAAGCACAUCGCCACUCUAUAUACAAUAGAUGUCCCGUAAACGCCACCUACCGCCGGCAGGGUUAACAGCUUUGGGAGCGCAUAAAAGCCCCGAACGGCGCCCCUGUCUACCAUGAUCGGGGACACAAUACUGCAUACUGACUUUGUCCUUUGAUAGCAUUCGGUACGAUUCGAUCAUAGCAUUGUCAGAUCUGCUGGCCUUGCAUUAUUUUAUAACAUAUAUAAUUCAGUAUAAGACUCUUCUAUAAAGAACACUACAG